AUGGAUGGUGACAAUCAGACGACAGUCACAGAAUUCCUCCUCCUGGGACUCUCUGACCAUGAAGAGGUUGUCUUUGGAAUGUUCUUGGGGAUGUACAUAGUCACCAUCUCUGGGAAUUUUCUCAUCGUCUUGGUCAUCAACUGUGACCCUCAUCUGCACACACCCAUGUACUUCUUCUUAGCCAACCUCUCCAGUGUUGACAUCUGUUUUUCCUCAGUCACUGUCCCCAAGGCACUGGUGAAUCACAUGUUGGGAAGCAAGUCCAUCUCUUACAAGGAGUGUAUGGCCCAGAUGUAUUUCCUGUUUAUAUUUGGCAACUUGGAUGGCUUCCUCCUGAGUGUAAUGGCCUAUGACCGCUAUGUGGCCAUUUGUCACCCACUGCACUACACCCUGAUAAUGAGGCCCAGACUCUGUGUCCUCCUGGUGGUCAUAUCCUGGGUCAUCACAAACCUGCAUGCUCUGUUGCACAUUCUUCUCAUGGUUCAACUCAUCUUCUGUUCCCAUAAUGCAGUGAACCACUUUUUCUGUGACCCCUACCUUGUCCUGAAACUCUCUUGUUCUGACACCUUCAUCAAUGAUGUUACAGCUUUUAUUGAGGGUGCAGUGAUAUUUCUGACACCAUUUAUAUGCAUUGUUGUUUCCUAUGGCUACAUCUACUCUAAGGUCUUGAAGAUGCCCUCUGCUCAGGGGAUAAGAAAAGCCAUGUCCACUUGCGGUUCUCACCUCACUGCGGUCUGCCUUUUCUAUGGGGCGAUCAUAGGAGUUUAUGCACACCCUUAUUCCUCCUACUCAUCACAGGAUGCAGUGGCCUCUGUCAUCUUCACGGUGGUGACCCCUAUGGCCAACCCCUUCAUCUAUAGCCUGAGGAAUCGUGACAUCAAAGGAGCCCUAAGGAAGAUAAUUCUCAGGUCCUAG